AUGGGGGAAGCAAGAAUGGAGAUCCACCUCGACAAGCUUCCGCUCAAGAGGGUUGAGUCCACGGACGAGGCAGGCGUCGAGCGGUUCCCCCCGUAAGGAUUUUCUAUCCUCCCGCGCUGAGAGUCGUUCCUUGUGGUUUCAAUGUUUUUGGUGAUUUCACUUAUUUUUUUCUUCCUUUUCUCCGCUUCUCUUGAAUCGCCAGGGAGAUCGGGACGGACGAGAAGCGACUGGACUUAAUCCGGCGAAUAGAUUUCUCGUGGGUAGUGGAGAAGGACGCCAAGAAGGCGAAGAAGAAGAGUCCCAGGGAAGGGGCGGCAGUGGCAGCGGCGCCUCCCUGGCCGUGGCAGGGACUGGUGGAGAACCUACACCUCGCCAGUCAAGAACUCUCCGUCAUCAUCGACUUGAUAAACACGGUAGGUAUUGGUUAUGGUUGCUCAAAUUUACGGUAUAACUCCCCAAGACUGCAAAGAACUAAGCCUUAUGAAGCUUAAAUCCGAUCCUCAUAGCUUGGUUAAUAUUUUUCCUUUGCCGUAAUUAGCAGUGAUUUAGCAAAGCAUUUUGUCAGACCCAUGGUGGUUCAAGGAGACUUCUUCUGUACUUUGCUUUCCUGUCUGGUAGAAUGGUCGGUAGCAAGCUCUCGGAAAGGAUUAGGUUUGCAGUGGUCAACGUUCUCGUCGACUUCCCGGGGAAUUUUGAAACAAUUUGUUCCCAAUAUGGUGUAACAUUUUUUAUUCACUGCAUGAAAUGCCUGGUUCUUGUCCUCUUGACCAAACUCUGGACUAUUUAUAUCAUCCGAGCGUGACACUUGGGGUUUUACUGCGCCCCCCCACCACUUUGUCCCAAUGAUCCGUGAUCUGAUUGUCUUACCAUUGAUUACGUAUGUGGUGCCUGUUUCGCUGCAUUUCAGCAGUUAAUGAGUCUGGCUCAAAAAGCUUAUCCUGAUCCUAUAGGGGUUUGACUUUGAGUCAGAUGCCAAUUACAACAGACAAUGGAUGAUGAUGAGGGUUUUGUUUUUUCUGAUUUUCCUCUUCUUUACUAUGCUCAUCAAUGCCUUAGUUUCAGAUCCUCGCUCAAUAAAUAAGCCUUCCUAUGAUGUACAUUCAUGCAAUAUUAACAUCAUUGAGUGCCCUUGAUCUGGAUGGUACAGCCGUUAUUCACUAAUUUUAACAUGAUGUAGGUCGAGGCAAAUGAUGCAGUGGCAGUAGCUGGAAUGACAAGGCCAAAACAAUUGCCAAAUGAAUUGCUUUCAGAUCUUUCUGUCUCUGCAGCAACGAAGCUUCAACGGUUGCGGGUGAAAUGUUCAUAUUCUCUUUUAUUCAUUAAUGCUAUAUUCCAAUUGUACAUCAUAAGCCCACAUCUUGUGCACAAAAUCCCACGAGAUAUUCCUCUGCUCACCGUGUUGCUGAAGAACAUUUCUUUCAAGUUAUUUAUUCCCUUUGCUUAUGGGAAGGUUAUCUACAAUCCGUACAUUUUUUGGCCAAACUUGCAAGUUUGUCCUUCAUUAUUGGUCGAGGCUUCUUGAUAACGAUAUUGUUUCGUCUGCAGCAUCUGGGUAAGUAUUUUAAACAGUCUUCACAAGCUCUCGAGAAACAAGUAGUGAGGGAGGCAAGAUUCUAUGGCUCUCUGAUUCGGUGAGUGGAUUCUUAUAAUAUAAUUAACGUUGAGAUGUUUCAAGGUCAUUCCAUCCGUGCUUCUUCUUACAAGCCAAUAGAUUACAGCAGAACUGGAAAGUAAAACGGCAGCGGCAGAGUGCUCCUGGAAAUGAAGGCUUCACAAUUGAUCUACAUGAUAGUUCAUUAUCAGAUCCCACGGUGUUUUCUCGUCCAUCUUUGUUGUCUACAGUUCGAAUUGAUCAUGACCCCACAGGCAUGUUGGCUUUGCAAUUACCUCCGAAAUCAUGUCGCUCCCUACAUUUUGGGUUUGCCCCAUUCUCCGGGGAAGAUAUCAAGUGUCGAAUGCAGAAAUCUUAUAUCAGCAAAAGAGAUGAUAGUCGUUCCGAGGAUGAUAAGAUUGAUCCUCUAACGGAGGCAGCUGUUGAUGAAUCUGUUCAGGGGACACACUCAGUUCUGCGUGAAAUUCAUCAGGCAAUAUUUGAAGAACAGGUACAAUCUCUUGUUGUUGUUAGUGAUCCCUAUCCCAGUUCUGAGAGGCUUCUCUGUUUUUUGCUUCAGGUCUUUGAUUUGGUCAAUCGUGAGACUGUUGACUCACCAUUUGGCGUUAAUGUUACCGGGAUGCGGGAAGACUAUUUGCAGUUGGGAAUAGGUCAAGAAGCUUCUGUUUACCUGUGCCUAAGGUCUUCUGGAAAAGAAGGUAGCAAUCAAACUGCUUCCUCUGAUGGAACUUGCAACCGAGAAUCUGGCGUUUCACAUUCUGAUUCCUCGGAGCUAAUGAUGAUAAAUGAGAAGCAGGAUUCAUUUGGAAAGGAGAUGAUGAAACUUCCUAACCCAAUUUGUUUUGAAAUUUAUUUGCGAUGUAUUCUCCAUGAAAAUGUAUUUUUAAGAGCCAAAGAGGGACAUUCUCCUGCCAUAAAAAAUCGAGCAUCUGCUCAGUCUCUAGGUGAAGGGAUUGGCUUGCUGGGUUAUUUUUGUGCAACAAUAGCUCAUAGAGUCUUUUCCAAGAAAGUGUUCUCCGUACUGGAAAAUCUGGUAAUUUUUCACUUAGUAUUAUGUCUGAUAAGGGAUACUGUUGAAUAUUGUGCUUACAUUUCAAUUUGAUUUCGUUUGAUCUCCACAGGUUGAAAGGGUUCCAUAUCUGCAUCUAUUAACCCAUCCUACCUGGCACUCUCGGACAUCGUCAUGGUCCAUAAAUAUGAAGGUUCCUCUGUCAAUUGUUUAUUCUGCUAAACGAGCAAAGCAUUUAGGAACUCAAGAGUCCAAAAGCGAAGCUGGACUGCAGUUUCACACCAAAGUGGCUGUUAAUGAUGAAUCCAUCAGUAUUAGCGGUGAAGGCAUACCAAACACUAUUGGCUCGUUCAAGAGGGAUUCCAUGGACAUGUCUUUGCUUAACUGUUACAGUUGUGACAUCGUGGAUCUUCCAGUGAUUCUAUUGCAGCAGGUAACAUGAAACAUGUCACUUUUAAAACCUCUCCUGUCAUCUUAUUUCAUCGAUGGGAACAACAGUGCACUUUACAGAUUUUUUAUCAUAAGUCUUCUGAUGUAGCUCAGAAAUCUACUAAUUGUAAUGCAUUUUUUGGAUGGCAAAGAAGCUUAUUUUUGUCCGGGCUCUUCCAUCGCUGGAGAUUGAUUUCUCUUAAAUAAAAUUCGCAUAUUUAUUGUACUUGAUCAUGGAAUAUCUAGAACUAAUCUUUCAUAGUUGUUUUGGACUAUUUUCGUUGAAGUUAGUUUGAUCAACUCAAAAUAUUUGCCUUUUUCAACCUAAAAAAACUAGUGACGCAUGGUGGAGACUUCAUGCUUAUAGCUUCUUAAAUGAUCUCUCUUUUACUAAAGAAUUAGCAAUGUAGCCUAUUCAUCAUUGCAGGCCAUAUUUUCGUCACAAUCUUAUCUCAUUGCGAGGAAUAAAACCUUAUGUCAAGGAACGUAAUAAAAUGUGUCUGGCACCAGGUGGCCUGUUUCAGGUAGUACUUUAGUAGAUUAAUGUUUUGCCAUGUUCGAGGCUUCCUUGAUAACAAAUUUUGUCCAGUCAGUGUUGGAGAAGUGGAGACUAGACUGGCAUUCAUUUCGUUUCUCUGAGGAAUAUUUAGGCCUCUGCCUGCCGAAUAGGUCUUCUAAGAUCCAUGGAAUACAUUUUUCUAGGCUAUUAAAUGACAAGGAGCUUUCACCAGAUGUACAGAAUGCAAACAGAGUAGGUUUAGAUUGUAGGCUCAACCGCUUUAAACCAACUGUUCAAUUUGAAUAUCACCAUCUCAAGCAGUCAUAACUGAAAUUCUGAGGAUUUGAAUGAUUUUGGAAACAAAACAUAAACUUAAUUGGCGCGGAAAACAGAAAUUGAUUGACUGAGUUGCAUCUUAAAUCAAAACAAGGGUUGUGAAGGAGUGAGAAAACAUUUGUUGGCCUAGUUGGGUAGUGGGUAGGGAGAGGGAAUACAAACAGGUGGUCAGCUAUUGAUUAGCUACUGCAUAGAGGCCAAAGUGCAGGGAUGCGCAUGAAAGUGCAGAACAAAGAGGGAGGAGGAGAGGACAGGUGUAAACCCCGCUUUAUGUCUGCACCAUUUCACAGGCGUUAAAGGCGAUGGAAACUGUAUAGGGUGCACGACUCAGAGUGGAAGGGAGGUGUGGGUAGGCUAGUCUUGAUCAGCUACUGCAUAGAGGCCAAGUGCAAGGAUGUGAAUGAAAGUGCAGAACAAAGGGGGAGGAGGUGAGGACAGCGGGAAACCCCGCACAAGCGUUUAAGGUGAUGGAAACUGUACAGGGUGCACGAGUCAGAGUGGAAGGGAGGUGUGGGCAAGAGGGUGACGGGGCAAGAUUCUGCUGGAUGCGGCACUUACACGUGAUGCAGUGUAGGCGAGGCUUAGACGGUCUAUUGUGUGGCCCAAAAUGUUAUCCGGAAAGUUAUUUCUGGAAUAAGGUCUGGAUGGAUGUCUUAACAACGAUUUUGUUUCUGCCUCGAAACUAUGACUGAAAUCCAGGCGACACUGCCAACAGAUGUGAGAAGCAGCAAGCAAAAUGCAAUGUUAGAAACUUUAUGGUCGAAAAAACCCAAAGAUUGGGAAGAAGCGAUGAUAGAUUAUGUUCUUAGAACUCACUCUCUUCAAAGUUGUAGGAUAAGAUGUAUACAAAAAAGUCACAAAAUGUAUUCAGUUCUCUCGUCCGUUGAUAAUGGGCGAGGGAACGCCGUGCAUCCUGUAUGAAACUUAUAUGUUUGCAACAAUGUUGGGAAACUUGUGGAUGUAAUGGCUACCCAAUCUUGAAAUGUGCAAUUAAUCAGCUACUAUUAUUUUUUCCCGACAUCUAUUCUCGAAAGAUUUGAUUAUCUUCAUGGAUGAGCUGUAAUGGCAUUCUCAUCCCAGUUAACAAUUUAAGAAAACGGUGGACGAGAAAGAAAAAGAAAUAUUUUAAAUGAGAGGACGAUAAGAUGAAAAAUUCAAAUACCAAAUGAAUCCCUUUUGCACUUUGCGCAGCCUGGGUGUUCAGUUGAGCCUAAUAGGCGUGUGGAUUGAUGAUUACUCACGAGAGUCCAUCACCAUGCUCAUGGUCAUUUCGAUGUAGAUAUUUUUUUGUUUUUUCUUUCAGUAAAUGAUGAGAUAGAAUGGUCCGUGCUUGUUUUUUCCUUCAGUCUUUUGCCUUGCAAUGGAUGACAAACUUGGAUCCCUAGGCCUGAUUAUGUGUUUCCUAGCCCUCUUAAAUGAUACAGGAAUUUUUCUGGGGGGAGGUUGUCUGUCAUCUACUGUUUCAUGUUUUCUGUUCGUAUGCGCCUCUCUGUACCUGGUUGUAGAACAGAUUGAACUUAUCUUCGCCAUGUGUGUAUGCUUGUCUUAAUGGAUUUUUUAAAGGAUCGUGACUCGAUUCCCUCUUUUUGGCCGUCAAGCAAUGGGUCGCUGAUAGAUUCAUUGAUUCUUUCAUGGUAGGUUGCAGUCCAGGUCAUUAGCUGGCUCCAUGAUGAGGCUUUGGUGGUAGGGAUGAAGUCCAGUACGGAUUUCUUGUCCCUGUGCCUGGAGCUGGGUCAGUCUGAGAAGCUCAGAUUGGUGGCCCACUUAGACCCGGAGGAUGUGCUUGGCUGCAUCUCGUGGUGGUUGGUGGCGGACAACGGCAGGGCGAUUGUCAAAGAUAAGGCCCACUCCGACACCCUCAGCGGCUAUCCUGAGCGUAGAAGAUUUCUGGGACAUGUGUCGCUGGAGUCGUUGUUCUUGAUCCUCAUGGACCUGGUUCGCCUGUCCAGUUCCAGCGUCGGGGGAAUUUGA